GAUCAGAGAGCGGUAAGCCGAAAGUUGCAGCAAUUGUCGUCGCACGGCGGGAGGAGAAAAAGACGGAGAAAAAUAAGAGGAAAGAAAAAUCAAAGGAGAAAGUUUCCUGUUCCCGAUCGCUACCUGAAGGGUUUUUUCAGAUCUGAUGUUUGAUCGGCUGAUUGAUUUGUGUGAGUUCUUCUGUUGGAUUAGAGCUCUAAAGUCUCAGUAGAAUCCGAUUGAUCCCCUCGUUAUUCACUGCAAAGAUUAGAUUUUUAGGGUCUGCUUGAAGGUGCUGAAAGGGGGGUUCUCCCCUUUUGGAGAAUUGUCUGAUCUCGUUUAGUCUGAUGAAUUUGAUAUUCUUUUGUUUCUGGUAACGAAGAAUAGAUCGAGGGGUUUGCUGGAAAUUGGCUUCCCAUUCUGCCCCAAAAGCCGGUGGAAGUUUACUGGAUCUUGAUGGGUUCAUUCUUGAGCGUGCCUGCCAAUAAAUCUCGCGCAGGUGAGAAUUCCGAGACGCCCCGUGGCGACGCAAACAAGAGGCUGAGGAUGUCGUGCUAUUGCGAUGACAAGCCGAGACUGAUUGCUAGUCUUCCAGAUGAAAUCUCGAUGCAAAUUCUUGCGAGAUUGCCGAGAAUCUACUACUUGAACGUGAAAUUGGUUUCCCAGCGUUGGAAGGCAGCUAUUAUCAGCGAUGAGCUGUUUCGGCUGAGGGCAGAAUUGGGGGUGACCGAAGAAUGGUUAUACAUGAUGACAAAGACUGGAACGGAUAAGUUUUCAUGGCAUGCACUGGACCCUCGUUUGAGGAAGUGGCAACGUUUGCCACCGAUGCCCUGCCUUGCGAACGAGGAGGAGCGAGAGAGGGUUUUGCCUAGAUUACGGAUGUGGAGCGUGGUCGGAUCUAGCAUCAAACUUGCUGAUCUCAUAAGAGGCUGGCUUGGCCGGAGGGAUAACUUGGAUCAAAUGUCGUUUUGUGGUUGCGCAGUUGGUGCUGUUGGUGGCUGCCUCUAUGUAUUUGGGGGAUUCUCUCGAGCUUCUGCAAUCGACUGUGUUUGGCGAUAUGACCCGUGCCAUAAUUUGUGGGAGGAAGUGAAUUCCAUGAUCAGUGCCAGGGCGUUUUGUAAGACAUGCUUGUUGAACGACAAACUUUACGCUGUGGGUGGUGUCAUUAGGGGAAGAAAUGGGUUAACUCCAUUACACUCCGCCGAAGUUUUUGAUCCCGCAACUGGUCUUUGGACAGAGUUGCCAAGCAUGCCUUUCUUGAAAACACGGGUAUUUCCUCUUGCUUUCUUGGCUGACAUGGUGAAGCCAAUUGCAACAGGAAUGGCUUCAUACAGAGGAAGGCUGUGUGUUCCUCAGAGCUUGUAUUCUUGGCCCUUCUUUUUUGAUAUUGGAGGUGAGGUCUAUGACCCAGAGACAGGUUCGUGGGUGGACAUGCCACCUGGUAUGGGUGACGGUUGGCCUGCAAGACAGGCAGGGACAAAGUUGGGUGCUGUGGUCAAUGGGGAUCUAUAUGCCUUGGAUCCUUCUAGGUAUCUGGACAGUGCCCAGAUAAAGGUAUACGAUGAGGAGGAGGAUGCUUGGAGAGUUGUUGCAGAAAGGGUUCCACUUCAUUGUUUCAAUGACUCUGAGUCUCCAUAUCUACUUGCUGGUUUCCUUGGGAAGCUCCAUGUUAUCACAAAAGAUGCCAGUGAUCAUAUUGUUAUAUUGGAGGCUGACUCUCGGAGAUGUAGAGGCUCGAAUGUUUCGACUUCAUCAACUGCUCCGGUUGACGCCAUUGCGGAUUCCUCGGAAGAGGAAGAACCUCAAAUUUUGAAGGUCAUUGCUGCUAAGGAUUUUGGGGCGGCAGAGCUUGUAGGCUGUCAGGUCCUUGAUCUUUGACAUGUUUGGAUCUCGGGAUCACCCAACUCUUGUAAAUACAUUAUUUUCCUGAACAGGAUGGUGGAGCUAGCAUCUAUUGUUAUAUCAAAAACAUAUCUACAUCAAUACAUCAGAAGUGUAUAGAAGCAAGCUUGGUGUUGUGCAAUCUUCAAUGAGUCGUUUGAAGUAUAGUCGAUGCUGCUCCAGUCAUUACAGCUUUUUGUUCCUGUUGCAGCAGCCUUUUAUGUUGGUUUCGAAAUGAUACUGCUUGGUGAUAUGUAGCUGUGAUUUGCUUAAUACAACUUGUGCUACUUGGAUUAUUA